AUGCAAGGGCGGCAGUCCGUGAUUCGCCAUCCGCUACAGAAGUCCAACGUCGAGUUGAUCAACUCCCUGCGCUCGAAUUUCCUGGCCUCGCAACAGAUUCAAGUCGGACAGACAAACGGCGAGAAGACGCCUUCGUGGACCCGCCAGGGCGAGGACGGACUCUACAUCCCCGCGAUCGACUUCUCACAGCCCGGACUGGCCGAGGAGCGGGACCAAUAUGAUAUCACCGUCAAACUAUUCUAUCUACCCGGGAUUCCGGCUUCGCGACGAUGCGCACACACCAGGGAGGCCAUUGAUUUGGUAUUGAAAGAACUACACGUGAAGUCCAUCGAUCUACUUAUCGUCUCAUUCCCGGGCAUCCUCUUCGACGCCGACGACGACAGCGAAGAGGAAGAUAAUGCCCCCGAAGACGACUUUGAUAGCAUGGUGCAGACAUGGCGGGUAUUGGAAAUGCUCCACGAGGAGGGCAUGAUUGCGCAGCUGGGUGUUGCGGAGUUCGGAUGCGACCGACUCGCCCGGUUCCUCCCCCAUACACAGGUCAAGCCAUCAGUGGAUCAGAUCAAUCUGAAGGACUGCUGUGUGGUCCCCAAGUCUUUGAUUCUCUAUGCGAAACAGGAGCAGAUUCAGCUCCUCACUCAUAACGAUUGCCAUGAUAUCCUGCCUGUCGGCACGACGCGCGAACUGCUCGGUCCCGCAGAGAAAAGCGCGGGCAUUCUGGCUUCGUCGCCAGAUGCCACCGACGGCAUCCAGGGCGACGUCGAACCCCAGUGGGUUGUCAAGUACACGGCUGUGGUGAAGGAUCGCGGAGUGGUCGAGAACAAGGGAUAUUUCGCAUUGGCCGAUAUUGGCACAUGUGUCAAGCAAUGA